UUGUUCAUUAGUUCUUUAACUGGUGAGAGUGCUCUCUCUCUCUCUCUCACACACACUCUCACACAGGUUGCAUGGGAAUCCUAGAUAAAACUAAUUAUUGAUACAUUCAUACGUCGUCAUGAAUUCAAUGUUAUAUGCUCAUUGACCACAAAUUGAUCAGAUGAUUUCUUACUCUCCUUUGAGCAUUUUCUUGAUCGCAUACCCAUCUGAGUAAAAUUUCAUUGAAUGUUUUUACACUACAUACCCAUUUCUGCACAAAUCCAUUGAAAGCUUUCUGGCUCACAUACCAAUCGAGCACAAAUUCAGUGAAUGCUUUUCUGCAACUAGAUUGCCAUGGAUCCAAUCACUUUUGCAUCAUCAUCAUACUCCCUAGCUGCAGGAGUUCUCCUUGUGAUACUCUUCAUUUUCCUGAAGAAGAAGAGUAAGAGGAGAGUGACACUGGCAUUACCACCAGGUCCUCCUGGAUGGCCCAUCAUUGGAAACAUCUUUCAGCUUGGGGACAAACCCCACCAAUCUCUUUUCCUACUUGCACAGAAGUAUGGACCUCUCAUGACCAUCAAAUUGGGCAUGCAGACAACUCUGGUUGUUUCAUCUCCAUCCAUGGUGAGAGAAGUACUAAAGAACAAUGCCCAGAGCUUCUCGAGCAGGACAAUCAAUACAGUUACAAGGGUAUUUUCCUACCAAGGCACAAGUCUAUUCUGGAGUCCUUAUGGCCCUCGAUGGCUUUUGCUUAGAAAGAUCUGCAACACAGAGAUUUUUAGUGUCAGAAGGCUGGAUGCUUUACAGCAUUUGAGAAGGGACGAAGUAUUUAGGACUAUUGGUUCCAUCUUGGAGGAUUGUAAACAGGGGAAUAGUGUGAAGAUUGGGGAAAGAGCAUUUAUGAUUUCUCUUACCAUUAUGGGUAAGAUGAUUUGUGGCAAAAAAUUGUUCGAGGUAGGCUCUGCACAAGCUGCAGAGUUUAAGAGCAUGGUACGAGAAGCCCUCCAAUUGGCAGGGCUUCCGAAUUUAUCCGACUUUUUUCCUUUUCUGGAGAGGUUUGAUCUUCAGGGGCUGAAUAGUAAAGCCAACAGUUUGGGCCGGCGCUUUGAUAACAUGUUUAACAUAAUCAUUGAGGAGCGACUAGCACAGAGGACUGAUAUACCAAUCAAGUACAGUGAUGAAGUGAAGGAUUUUCUGGACGUAAUGUUGGACUUGAGAGAAGAUGGCACACAGCUUACUCUGGAGAACAUCAAAGCAUUGCUCAUGGACAUGUUUAUUGCAGGGAUCGACACAACUUCAGCAACAAUUGAAUGGACAAUGACAGAACUUCUGAGAAAACCAGCACUGAUGAGAAAAGUCCAAGAAGAGUUGGAUGAUGUUGUGGGUGUGGAGAGAAGAAUGGAGGAGGCAGACAUAACAAAUCUUCCAUAUCUCCGAGCAGUAGUGAAAGAAGUGUUUCGAUUACACCCACUAGCCCCAUUGAUCAUCAGAAGAGCAGACAUGUCUUGUGAGAUUAGUGGGUUUUUAGUUCCAGAGAAUACCCAUGUGCUUGUGAAUGCUUGGGCCAUUGGGAGAGACCCUAGUGUGUGGAAAGAUCCCUUAAAUUUUAAUCCAGAUAGAAUUUUGGAAUCCAACAUUGACUACAAAGGCCAGGACUUUGAAUUGUUACCAUUUGGAGCAGGAAGAAGGAUAUGCCUUGGGCUUCCACUGGCACACAGACUGAUUCAUUUUGUGGUGGGAUCAUUGCUGCAAGGUUUCACUUGGUCCAUUCCUAUGGACAAUGAAGCAGGUAUUGAUAUGUCUGAGACAUUUGGCAUAACUCUACAGAAAACUGUGCCACUGAGAGCUAUUCCAACCCCAAGAAAUGGCAUCAAGUUUUAGUGUUAAAAAUUAUAGAGCUUGUUGGCUCAUAUCAUAUUCGCAUAGCCUAAGCUAGUUAGUUUCUUUAAGUUAUUUCUUAGGGCAGGAUGCUAAUGCAUUUGUUCAAUCAAAAUUUUAUAUUAGUUCAACCAAUCAUUGUUUAGAAUUAAACAUUUUGAACAACAUUUUUAUAAUUUAUAAUUUUUUUAAUUUAAUAAUUUAAAAAAUAUCAUUUAUCUUUUUGC